AUGCACCCGAAAGUCAAAAAAUCCUGGGAAAUUUUGAAAAUCUGCGUGUUUUUUCUGACGCUGUUCACUUUACUGUUUGCCACGUCGAUUAUCAAUUUCUAUCUGACACCUAGAUUUUCAGGGCUCUGCGAUUUUUAUGAUUAUGGAAUUUUGUUUUUCAUAAAUGCCACGUCAUCGGACGUUACAAAAGAGGAAUGUGAAUCUCAGCGCCGGGCUACCAUAUUAUUCAUCGUUUUCUGUCUGGUUCGGCUGAUUUCCAAUAAAUUCGAGAAUUUUAUCGGGACUAAAUUCCUAAGAACCUGCUCGGUGCGUUCCACAUUUCCUGGUCGACAUUUUGGAGCUGCUCUCGGCUUCCCGUACCUUACAAGAAGCCUAUCGAAAAGCAUUCGAGUCGGCAGUGCACCUGUAUUUCUUGUGAUUAUAUUUGCGUCGACGUCUAUCGCUUUUUAUCCGUAUGCCAAAGAUUUUUCGAAACUAAGCAGAUUAAUCUACAACGCUGUUCAACGAAGGCACUACCUGUAUAAUCGCUCGAUGAUUCUAACUUUUAUAUCGAUUUAUUUCUAUUUCUCGACAGUUUUGAUCGAGCUUCUGGACGUCUCAUUCGGAAUCUACUGCCCUCAGACCAUAUUCGGCUUCCAAAUUUUGUUCCCUAACUUCAACUUUCCCAUGUUUUUAUACAUAUUACACACGAUUAUUUUACAUCAUCAUAGAGCUAUGCCGGCUAUUAUUUAUGAGGUUAACGGAGAGGACUGUUUUAUACAAUUAAAUCGAAUGAGAUGCAUCACUAAUAAAGACUGCCCACAGAUGUCCACCGCCUUCCCAUUGGACGCGCUGCCCUCAAAAACGACAACAAUCCAGCGAAGAGCAUUUGAUGGAAGAAUUAUUCAAAUUCGUCAAUAUCGGGAGUUGGAUGACAUUCUUCCGUGCAAAGUAUCCACUCAAGUCAGAAAAGUAUCAACAUUCACCUCGAGACCUCCAUCUUAUGCUGUACCACCGUUACCUAGGGACUUGCCGUCGACUAUUUUGGAUUUGGAGUGAUUUGUGAAAUCUAAAUAAAAAAUUAAAUUUUGCCUUUAAAAUUCGG